AUGUCUACGGACCCGUACGACGCGGUGCAGCAGGAAAUACAAACGUCACUGCAGACGGCGUCCACGCUGCGUGCGUCGUACUUGCGUAUCCGGAGUACUGCGCGGGAAGACAGCGAGGAGCUGGGUUGGGCGCGAAAUGAGCUCAAGGCGACCCUCGCGGCUUUGGAUGCGGAUUUGGAAGACUUGGAGGAGAGUGUGAAAAUUGUUGAAACUACAGGCGCGCGGAUGUUUGGUUUGGAAGAGUCGGAAGUCAUCGAGAGAAGGCGGUAUGUCGGGCAUGUACGGCACGAGCUUGAGAGCAUGCGAGCAGAAAUCGAAUCCGAGGCUGAAAGUCGAACCCGGCUAAAGUCGCAGGUCAGACCUCCUGCAGAGAUCUCUCGUGGAGCCAGCCAGCCAUUACCUGCGGAUGAAAGGGACGAGCAGUCUGAGUGGGCCAGGCAGGAGCAACAGGCGAGUUUCACGGUUUAA